AAAAAAAUACCUGUUCUUAUAGAUGUUGUGCUAUGGCAUUGUCGUUUGGUGGUCGCAGGUCCUAUCGCGGGCGUGCUCGCGAGGUACAUCCCAAUAUGGAAGCUGACGGUGUUAGGAUGCCUCGGUGGAUCUCUGGCCGUGUGCGUUUGUUACUUCGCACAGUCGAUGCUCUUCCUGGACGUCUUCCUCGGCGUCACUCACGGAACUUGCAUCGGCCUGCUAGCUCUGUUCAGCGUCGUGAUAAACCAGCACUUCCACAAGUACCGCGCCAUGGCGUCCGGCAUCAGCAAUGCUGGCUUCACGAUCGGCGGCCUCAUCUUCCCUCCGGUCAUCCAGUUGCUCGCGGACCACUACGGCAUUCGUGGUGCUCUCCUACUCGUCGGCGCCCUCAUGCUCAACUCAGUGUCCGGAGCUUUCCUGCAGCGCAAUCCUCCGAAAGCGCAACCGGAAGCACCUCCGCCACUCAAGGGUGGUGAAGCCAACAACACCGGUGACAUGGUGCAAGAUCCGGAAGAAGGAGACGCCAUGAUAAAAAUUUGCGAGGAAUCUGGAGAUGCCAGCUUUCGGAGAAGCGUCUCAGUGGCCAGCGAUACCGAGUUUUCCGAUGUGAAAGACGGGACUCACGGAGUUAGCGAAGCUGACGGAGUUCAUCUCCAAAUGAAGAAUUCAGCGGCGAAGGACCACGACGUAGACAGUGAUGAAGAAGGCGACGACAACGUGAAGUUGCGAGCGCUGGACGCCCAAGGUUGCAGCCAUCCAAAAGUUUUUAGGAACAACACGCCUGCAGUCACAAUAAAGAAAGGCGCAUCGAGUCGCGAGAGAAGUCCACUGCUAUCAUUCUUACUGUUUCCGGCAUUCUAUCUAAUCUCGUUUUCGUUGUCCAUAAUACUCUUCAAUAUGAGCACGUACAUGACUGUAAUUGUCGACUUUGCUGUGGACCGUGGCGUUUCCAAGUGGAACGCCGUGUACCUGAUAUUCGCCUACGCCGUGGCUGACCUGCUGGCCAGACUGGGCUCCGGCUGGAUUACCGACCGAAAGUACCUGCUCAAGAGUACCAUGAUGGGCUCUCACUUUGUGCUGUGGGGUGCAUCGCUCUACAUGAUGCCUCAGUGCAGCCAGUACUACUGUCAGGUUGCCCUGUCCGUACUGUCGGGCUGGUGCAACGGCUCGACGCUAAUACUCAUCGCGGUGCUCUUCAUGGAAUUGGUGGGCAUCGACAAGCUCGGAGUCUGCUUCGGUAUCGCGACGACGUUCGCCGGCCUCCUGGGCCUCGCGAGGCCGUCGCUUAUAGGUUUCUACAGAGACACCCACGGUGACUACGAAGGUCUUUUCGGCCUCAUCGGUGGCGUGACGUGGGCAAUGUCCCUACUGUGGCUGUGCUAUUACGCGAAAGAACGGUGCGCGUCACAUACAAAACAUGAACGUUCGUGGCGGACUUGGCCAAAGCUGGCGGCGAUCUUCACAUCGGAGGAAAAGAGCCGGAGUCGUGGACGAACGUGAUUCGCCAGAGCUCUUCAUUCUUUUCUCUCGCUCGCUCACGUUCACCGGUGAAACAGAAUGCAUCAUCUUCGACCACCAGUUGUUGCCUUUGUGACGUUGCGCACUAAUGGUGCAUUCGACUGGUCGUCUUAAAGCGCAGUGGUAGAGCUAAAUGUGCAUUCAUUCAAGGAGAGAGUAUGUGUUGCCAUAUUAACAUGAAGCAUAGGAAGGAACGGAAAGAAAAACUGAAAGUCAGGUAAAUUAGCUAGGACUGAGCCUGGUUGUUUGUCCUGCAUUGUGGGAAAGUGGGGAGGAGAAGGGGAGGGACAGGUGGGAGAUGUAUGUCUGUGAGAUAGUCAAGAGUUCGUGAGCACUGAAGAUACCGACGUAAUGUAAGUUCUGAGCACUUUGUCACAGAUUGUAGCUCAAGAAUUCCUUAAUUGUCCAAAUUCUGAAAUGACAUUACUUCCGUACGAUUGCGCAACUGAUGUAAUCGUACUGAAGUAACGGAUUUCCAACUUGCCUAGAAUGCUGCUCCCAUGAAAAAUCUCAGGAACGCUUUUGCGACUUCCUGAAGCCGUGACACGCGGGUCUUCAUUCUUGAUAAAGAAGCCAAAUUAUCUCUGCUAGCAUGGAGGGUACCGUACUUGGAACUCUGACAGUACCGCCAUAUUGCAUACUAAAUUGGGCAAUUUUUGUGUUUUCAGCCAAUCAGACAGGGUGUAGGGCCAAGCGAGCCGAACAGGGCUGACAGUAUCUCGCGUUAAGCGAUUGACGCCAGAGCUAUCUGCUUCGGGACAAGAACAUUCUGGAGAAAAACAUUCCCUACAUGAUGAGGCCCAUGUGUCUGCUCCAGCAGAAGUUUCCAAGAUGACUAAGCACAUUGAAAUGGGAACGCCAAGGUUUUUUUCCCAGCAAGGACCGUAGGGAGCGUCCACCUUCAGGAAUCACUGGGUUGCAAAGCGAAUGGUGUCAGUAACUGGUCCUUACCAGUACCGGUAAUUCGUACAAUGAUAAACGUAAAACUUUCAAUGACGAGAGAGAGGGAGAAUAAACAUCUUUAUUUGGAAGGUAGCUUAGGAGAGGCGCCCUUAGUCCAGGGUGCCUUGAGCUCGGGCAGCGUCCUGGGCUCUCGCGACCAGCCUUAGCUGAUACUUGCGGUUGGAGAGGGCCAAGACUCUCUCCAAAUUCACUUAUUUCUCUCCUUCUCUCUUAAAGGCAUACCACACCAACGAGCUUUUGAUUGCUUAGGUGGUAGUGGUGGGCUAGUUGGUUCUACAUGAUCUUGGGAGCAGCAGCGCAAAAUUUAAGAAUACGUGAACAGACGAACAAAGAUAAACGCAAAACUUGGAAUAUG